AUGCCUCCCCCGGGUCCUCCCCCAAACAGCUAUAAUCAAGGUCGCCCCAACGGUCCCCAGGCUCCUCCAGCUGGCCCUCAGAGCUUCGGUCACGGCGCCCCGAACAACUAUGCGUUUCGAUAUUCCAACUGCACCGGCCGUAGAAAAGCUCUGCUAAUUGGUAUCAACUACUUUGGUCAGCGUGGCCAGCUGCGAGGAUGUAUCAACGACGUCAGAAACAUGACUGCUUAUCUGGUGGAACAUUUUGGUUACAAGAGAGAAGAUAUGGUUAUCUUAACCGACGAUCAACAAAACCCCAUGAGCCAGCCUACAAAGCAAAACAUUCUUCGUGCCAUGCAUUGGCUGGUCAAGGAUGCUAGACCCAACGACUCGCUCUUCUUCCACUAUUCUGGCCACGGUGGACAGACAAAGGAUCUAGACGGCGACGAGGCUGACGGAUAUGACGAAGUCAUCUAUCCAGUCGACUUCAGGCAACACGGACACAUCACAGACGACGAGAUGCAUCGAAUCAUGGUCCACCCCCUGCAGGCAGGUGUAAGGCUGACCGCUAUUUUUGAUUCAUGUCAUUCUGGUACUGCUCUGGACUUGCCCUACAUCUACUCUACACAAGGUAUCCUCAAAGAGCCCAACUUGGCCAAGGAGGCUGGCCAAGGCUUGCUCGGAGUCAUCUCCUCAUACAGCCAAGGAGACAUGGGUGGUGUUGCCAAUAACAUCAUCGGAUUCUUCAAGAAGGCGACCACUGGCGAUGACGCCCACAACAGGACCCUUGCCACCAAGACAUCUCCCGCAGAUGUCAUCAUGUGGUCUGGAAGCAAAGAUGAUCAGACAUCGGCCGACGCUACUAUUGCUUCGCAAGCCACUGGCGCUAUGUCGUGGGCGUUCGUUACGGCUCUCAAGAAGAACCCCCAACAAAGCUACGUUCAGCUGCUCAACAGCAUCCGAGAUGAACUGGCUACAAAAUAUACACAAAAGCCGCAGCUCUCCUGUAGCCACCCUCUUAGUAAGUUCCCCUUGCAUAUAUGUCAGGUAGGGUAG